UGUGAAAACGUCGUCUUUGCCGCCCCCUUGGCGCUGAAGUAUAGUUGAGAAGACUCAAAUGAAUCCCACCACUAGGCGUUAGUCGUCCCUCGAGCAAUUUUCGUAAGUCACUUCCCGUAACGUUCUACUGCAGUAGAUCUACUGGCCGGCUGUUGGUCGUUUGGUCACGGCUUGUAAAGUUCGCCCAGCCCGAGAACGGACAGAAUGGCAUUGCCAAUAAUGGCGGGGUGCAGUCACGGCUCACAGCUGCUUUGAAGCAGAAAAGUCCUUAGCCGCACGACCGUCGACGGUGGCCUCCAGUAGCGCUAACAAUUAUUCCAAGGCUCCGCAGCUCGUUAGUUCUGUGCAGUCGUGCGCUGAGUGGGCGAACUACCAACACUGGAGCAAGAUGGACGUCGUUCACUGCGAGAAGCUACUGGAUGAUUUGACUGGCCAAGUGAAGGAGAUUGGCGAGCAUUUCGCCGCUCUGAAACCGGCCGAGUCUACAAGCAGCAAGGCCAGGACGACCGAGUCGGAUGCCGCUGUGGUCACCGACGACGACGUUGCACUGCAGAGGUUUUGCACCACGCUGGAGAAGGUGCUCCGGCAUGGAAUCAAAGAUCGUAUCACAUUCUUCGGUGGUCAACGUGACUACUGGAAGUACCUGUCCCUGGCACUGGAGAGUACGCGCUCGUUUGUCACUCAAGUCAAGAUCGUGCAAGACCUGGACGACGUUCAGACAUCGCAGGGCAAGGGCAGAGCACUGAUUCGUGUCAUGCUAACAGAACACAGUCUGGCCGAUGCAGUGCAGCACGCCGUCAGUGACAACAAACUCACCAGUGAAUGGUUCCAAUCGGAGGCAUUGCUCCGUAAUGAGAAGCACAGCAGUCGUCUUAUCGAUCAACUCUAUGAGCUCAGCUCAGUUAGUUUUCUCUUACCCAAUGAUGGUCAGAGCUUGGAUUCAGCCUGGCCGACGUUUGCUAGACGUACGUUCGGAAUGUCAACCAACGUUCCGAUCGCUAUCAAUCCGGGUCACGGCAAUCACUCCGGCGACACAGCGGAGCUUGGUCAGGCUGCUGUCGGAGAGCUAGCCGUGGAUGAGACUACGGCCUCCGACGACACGCACGCCAUGAUGCAGUGGGCGGGAGAAGGCAUACAGGCGAUGAAUAGAUCAUGCUGGUCGGCGUUGCAUACCGUGCUGCACCGCAUGAUGUCGCGCAAGAUCGGAGAAGAUCUCGAUAUCACGCUACCAGAAGACAGCGGACAGCGUCUGAAGGAACUGGCGGCGCUGGUGCUGCUGACGCGGGAGAACUGGUACACCGAACACCAAGACAGGCUGAAGGAGGUAGAGCUGCGCUGUGACAAGCUGACCGAGCAACUGGAAGAGAAGAACACAACAGAGCUGGCACUGCGGGGUGAACUGAAUACAAUGCGGCAGAGUGGUGUGUCGUUCGGCCAGAGCAAGUCCAUAGCAGAGAUCGAAGUGCUACAAACCAAACUCAAGCAGGCCGAAAAGGCACGGGAUAGUGCCAAACAGGCCAGUAAGAAUCAGGAACAGGAAUGUGAUGAUCUGAAGAAGGAAUACGCCACUCUACAGCACGAGGUCGUCGUAUCGGCAGAGUCCCUUGCAGCAAUAAAAGAGCAGUUGAACUUUGUGGAAGUGGAGUAUGGACACUAUAAGGAGGACAUGGAGAGUAACCAGCGUAAUCUGGAGGGUCGGGUGAACAGCCUGCAGUCACAACUGCAGAGCUCCAGUGACUUCCUGGACAAUAUCACCAAGACACCUGCAUCAUCGCGGCCAGAGUCGCCAACUAAACCAUCGACGCCGAUCCGUCUCGACCUCCUUGCCCGUCUCCAGUUGCUCAACUCCAAUAUGCAGGAGGAGUCAGUUAGACGAGCUAGAGCGGAGGAAAAGGAGCGAGAGGCCGUGGAAACCCUCGCCGAUGUGAAGGCACGGCUGGAGCACGAGCUGACGACGGUGAACUUCCGCAUGACUGCCGAGACCAUGCAGCUGCAGCAGGCGUUAGAGCAACUGGAGUCAAAGGACGGUGAACUGUUUGCCCUGAAAGAACGCGUAUCCACCGCCAACAAGGACGGAGAGCAGACGCGCAGCGACGUCAGCGCGCUGCGUAUCGAGAACGCACGGCUGACGGCCGAAUACCAGACGACCAGUGACAAGCUGAAUCGCAUCUCAUCCAGCCUGCUUGUGUCUCAGAAAGAGUUGAUGGCCCUGGAGGAGCAGCUACUGACGGCUACACACGAACGGGACACCGGCCGCGUGUCUGUCGUCAAGCUAUCCAAUGAACUGGAAGAGGUGAAAGGCCGGUGCACUCUUGCCGAGGACAAGAUGAGAAGCCUGAUGGAUGAAGUACAUGAACUACGGCGACGCUUGCUCCAGGCCACACAGCAAAAAGCCGAGCUGGUGAACAAGACGGCCACUCUGGAGGAUGAAGUCUUGACCAGUGCAGUCGUGACAUGGGUUGCAGAUGACCAGGCCGAUGCUUGCAUGCAGUGUGCUGUGGAAUUCUCACUGUUCACAAGGCGGCAUCAUUGCCGUCACUGUGGCCGUGUAUUCUGUUACGACUGCUGCUGCAAAACAUUUCAGCUACCCAGCAGCGACCAACCGUCGCGUGUGUGCAACGAGUGCCAUGACAUGUUGCAUUCACGACGACAAGGCGUCAUCAAGUCACGCGUCUACUCGCUGAUGACCGAGUCGCAGGCUACGGCUACCCUCACCUCGUCAAUCCGACAACAAAUGCUCGACGACUCUGCGCCGGCUUUCCCGGUGUACGUACCGCCAACCCCAAAGCAAUCGCAGGACGAUGGCCUACAGCGGGAAGCAGACACACGAGUGCAGAACCCGAGAGCACAGCCUUCGCCCGUGGUAGCUAGCGUACCCGUCAAGACGGCUUCGGUGGCAUCCCUUGCCGGAUCCAGCCGGUCGCUUCUUGGCACGGACGGUAGGACGGGAACGGCCUCUGAGGACGACGAGAUCAUCGUGUUGGAGGGUGGCGAUGCUCUGGAUGGCUCACCGGAGAUGCAUGGUUCACAGCGGCACAGUGUGGCUGACCUGCGCGGCACCGCCAAGACCAGCAACGCCGGCAAACCUCCUUCCACAGCAGCUGCAGCCGUGGAACGCUCGUACUCGGCGCGAGAGCUCUCUCAACGUGCCUCGUCCGACCGCAACCUCUCUCAACGCAGCAACAACAACAGCGGGGCUUCGACGCCGGAGAGCAUGCGACGAUCAAACACGCCCGACGGUACGAGCAGACCGGCGGGACGAUUCCUGCCAACAGCAAUGUCGACGCCGAAAUCUCACGGCAAGGGUGCGGUGCGCUCGCUCUCUGCCUCGUCGUCCACUGGUCAGCUGGUUCCGGAGAUGUCCGUCGGUCCCAGCAUCCGCUCAGAGUUUGUGUCCUACGCGCUGCAGCCCAAUACGAUGGCCGGGGAGCCGGUGGACGUCGCCAGGGCGGGCAUGCGAAUCGUCUGGCAAUUCCGCUCCGAACCAAAGGGUAUUGCGUUUGGAGUGUUGUUCCAGCCUAACCCGUCUGAUGACGCAAAGGCACUGGUGGCGUUCAAGCGUUAUCUCUCACACAAACAGACCAUACAGGGAUCGAUAGUUACUCCCAAGCCAGGUCGCUACAUACUGCAGUUUAGCAACGUGUCAUCAAGCAAUGUACCCUGCUCGUUAUGGUUUCGCCAUGAGCUGCGGGAAAACACCGCGUCAUGAGCAUCCAAGCAAGCAGGAUGGCAUCAGCUAAUCAUUGGCUCCAGUGCUGCAUGGUCUACAGCAGUGCGCAGCUUGGCCGGCAUGCAUAGCUGAGGGAUUGGCGAGACGCACGCGCAUGCCGUCUAACUGUUACGUUAAUGUCCACAGUGGUAUUAAUUUUGGUGAUGUGGUGUUGAAGAGAUGCAUGCCAUUGCUGGACAAUCAUCGGGCUACACUGUACGUCCAGGGCUGCGGACAAGGUAUGGACCGGCGUGGCAGCAUGUGCACUCGUGCGAGCUGUUCUGUUCGGCAACAACCGUGGCUAAACCUAUCCUGAAUGCGGGGAAACCCAGUCUCAAAGCGGGGAAACCCAUCAGUCUCAAUGCGGGGGAAACACGUUUCUCAGCAGUCUGUUCCCCGUGAGUGCCACAGCGGGGCAGAAUUGACAAGUGUUCUCCGUACGAAGGCGUUACAUUAUAAACGUAAUAAAUAAUUCUGUUCUUGAUCAGCGAAGACAUGAACCCGGCAGAGCAAUGCCAUGUUCUGCUCAUUCCUCGUGUUGUCUCGUCGCCCGAAUUGUUGCCAUGCUGCCGAGUCUGCAACAACGUGUGGGUCGUCAUUCGUGUUUGCUGCUUGAUUCCCUGCUUACUACGACCACUGGUGACCUUGCCAAUUAGAAGUCUGAAAAUCGGAAAAGACACGCGUGCAAUUAGUCGUCUUCAUGUAGUGAGCUUUGAACACCUCGAGUACGUCUUGUUCCAACAAGCACAUCACCGUCAUGCAGCUAACAGACACUGUGUCUCAUGCAGCUCGCAGAUGGCCAAGCAUUGGUGGCUGUGUGUGUGUGUCUUGACCGCCAUUCCCCCUAAAGCAUCUAUUCCCUCAGAUUAGGUAUUGUUCAUGUGAAACAAUGCUUUCUUCUAUUUGCAAUACAACUGAUUGAUUGAUUUUGACAAUUACAAUUCUGAGUCUUUACCAAGUCCAUAUAAUACACAUAUCCUUUACUAUUUUUAUUUAGAGCCUGCUAUUAUUAUGAUGUAGAUGUUUAACGGAUUCAGAGAUUGAUUACAAUAACGCAGCCACCGAGUCAUGAAAUGGAAAUUUUUUUGAUGACUCCCUCAGCACCGCCCUAACCCUCGUAUUUCUUGGCUAUGUUUUUGGUUUUUUAGUUAGAGUGUGGUCAAGUAUCGUGUGUGUUCUCUCCAGCCGAGUCAGGAGUAUCGUUGACUUGUACUGGGAUGCCGCUUGUGCGGACGUCCAUUUUUUUUUAAUUCUCUCUUUGAAAUUGUUCCCGCCCGAAACGAGUCGUUGUUCCGAAUUUUACUGUAAACAUUUUGUUAUCAUGUCUAGAAUUAUUGGGUAGGUUUAGUAAUUAUAUUGGCUAUGCUGUUACGGCGCAACCCAGGUCUCUUGACUUGUUUGUAUUCCUCCGGGUUUACCUUUC